UUAUGGAAGUCAAAUUCCUGAUCGAAUCCCUCAAGUUUCAACUGUUAGUGAGCAACCGUCAAAUACAGUUUCAGCUUUAAUUACCUCUGAAGAGAUAGAUAGAAAAAUUCAAACAGCGGUUGCUUCAUUGGAGAAUCAAAAGAGUGAAUCUAACAAAAUACGCUCCGAUCCAAAUUUAUACUUGAAUAAUAUGGAUUCUGAUCCUUCCUUUUUUCAGAAUCUUAUGAAUAUAAUGAAGGAUAUUUCUAAUUACCUCGCUAACCACGAAAUAACUGCUUCUGGCAAGAGAAAAAAGAAUAACCCUUCAAGUAGUGAUGACAUGGAUGCAAUUACAAAAGGUAUGGCAGAAUUAUCAUUAAAUUUGGCCAAAACUUCCAAAGUUAUUAAGAAUUUAAACUCGGAAAACGAUUCUUCUGAUAGUGAUUCUGAAACAGGGUUCAAUUCUGAGGAUGACUCAGCUGAAUUCGAUCAUAUAAAACGUAAAAAAAAUUCUGGCAAAUCGUCCCCACCAAAGCCUAAACAACCCAAGGUCAAAAAAGAGGGAACAAAAUUCCGAGUUUCCUCAUCCAAGUCUUGCAAGGAAAGCCAAAGCAAACAAACAAUUUUAGAACAAAUCAUUCGUAAAAUCGUUCGAAGUGAACUUAAUGAAAUCAUACCCCUACAUCUGUUACAAAGCUUUGAACCUAAAUUUAGUUCCAUAAGGCCUGCUCACAUAGAAAA